GUAAAAACAAAAAUAAAAAAAUGAUGUGGAUUUGAAAUGAGAGAGAGAGAGAGAGAGGGAGAGAACAGGGAGUGAGGGAGAGAGAGAAGAGAGAGAGAGAGAGAGAGAGAGAGAGAGAGAGAGAGAGGGGCUCAAUAAAGAAAGAAGACUUGAAAUAUACGCAGCGAAAAUCUCUUCCCCCGUGGUGUUUGGGGGUUGCUUCCUUUUACCAAAAACCUUAACUCCACUCCUUUUGCUCAUCACCUAGAUUCUAGCUUCGGUUUCUUGCCUUCUGUUUGUUUCCCGAGAAAAGUUUUUAUUCCUCACGCCUUCUCCCGACAAAAUGGCCUUCUGCUCUAUGUUUUGCUGCGGAAAGGGUUCUGAUGGGAAAGAGCAAGGGAAGAAGGAAGUGACAUGGAGGAUAUUUUCUUUGAAGGAAUUACAUGCUGCCACAAACAAUUUUAAUUAUGAUAACAAGCUUGGAGAAGGGGGGUUUGGCAGUGUUUACUGGGGGCAGCUGUGGGAUGGAUCCCAAAUUGCUAUUAAAAGGUUGAAGGUCUGGAGCAACAAAGCAGACAUGGAAUUUGCUGUUGAAGUUGAGAUAUUGGCACGGGUUCGGCACAAGAAUCUUUUGAGUUUACGUGGCUAUUGUGCUGAGGGGCAAGAGCGUCUAAUAGUGUAUGACUACAUGCCAAAUUUGAGUUUACUCUCUCAUCUUCAUGGCCAGCACUCAGCAGAAUGCCACCUUGAUUGGAACCGACGGAUGAAUAUUGCAAUUGGGUCUGCUGAGGGGAUUGUUUAUCUUCACCACCAUGCAACUCCACAUAUAAUCCACAGAGACAUUAAAGCGAGCAAUGUAUUGCUAGAUUCAGAAUUCCAGGCUCAGGUUGCUGAUUUUGGAUUUGCCAAGCUAAUCCCUGAUGGUGCAACACAUGUGACCACAAGAGUUAAGGGUACCCUUGGAUACCUUGCUCCUGAGUAUGCCAUGUUUGGCAAGGCAUCAGAGAGUUGUGAUGUUUACAGCUUUGGCAUUCUCUUGCUAGAGCUUGUUAGUGGCAAGAGACCCAUCGAGAAAAUGAGUUCAACAAUGAAGCGCACAAUCACUGAUUGGGCUCUUCCAUUGGCAUGUGAGAAGAAGUUCAAUGAUCUGGCAGACCCAAAGCUGAAUGGCAAGUUUGUGGAGGAAGAGCUAAAAAGAGUCGUCUUGGUUGCACUUGUCUCUGCUGACAGUAAGCCCGAGAAAAGACCAACAAUGCUAGAAGUCCUUGAGCUACUUAAGGGAAAUUCAAAAGAGAAGUUGGCUGAUCUAGAAAAUAAUGAUUUGUUCAAGGGCCCUCAGACUGGAGGUUAUACUGAUGGGGGUACGGGGCCUGAAGCAAGCCCAGACAUCAUCUCAGAAGAGAACGAUACAAACGAAGAAUUAAAAGAGAUAAAACCUGAUCCAGGAAAUCCUCACCCUCAUGGUAGCUGAGGCGCCUAAUUGUGAAUAGACAGGAUAGUAUUUUUGGACUUUUACUUAGGGCAAGGGGGAGGUCUGCUGAGAAUAUUGGAAGGUGGCAUGGUUUGCAGGUGGUUUUGAAAUUCCUGUGUGUUAUUGGUGUUGUAUUUUGCCUUCAUUUUCAUUUUCAUUGUACUCCGUAUAUGAAAGACAUCAACUCUUCCUAGUGUUUAUUGGCUUGUUCUUCAA